CGGGAAGCUUCGCUUUCACAAAAUCAGGCAGUCCGUGUUAUUGAACUGCGUCACUCUGCCAGUUUGUGGAGAGAGAGACGAGUUGGUGGUGUAAUCUGGUGAAGGGGUCCAAAGCUUUAUUGGAAAUAUUCGAGCAAAUUUGUGUCUUGAUUUUUAUAUUUAUCGAGUCUACAUUUGGCACGAUGGUCAAGGUGUCGUUCAAUUCGUCCCUCGCUCAGAAAGAUGCGAAAAAGGAGGAAGAAAAGAGUGAAACUCUUAUCAUUCCGGAAGACAAGGAUCCUGAAGAUGUGAUUCAUAUCCGCCAUCAGUCAAAAACCUGGUGCUGGUGCAUGUGCCUUGGACUAGCUCUGAUGCUGUCUGGUCUGGUAGUUGGAGGUGCUUAUCUCUACCGAUACAUCAUGUACCCGGAAGGUGAAGGAGUGUUCUUCUGUGGCGUGAAGUACCGUGAGGAAGAUUAUAUGAUCCCAAAUGCUCCCAACCCGUCUGCUCGUUUGCAUGAGAUUGAAGAAAGAAUCCGUAUUCUUGAGGAGGACCAAGUUGAGCUGAUUAACGUCCCUGUCCCAGAGUUUGCUGACAGUGACCCGGCUGACAUAGUUCAUGAUUUUCACAGGAGGCUUACAGCUUACCUGGAUCUCAGUCUUAAUAGAUGCUAUGUGAUUUCCCUGAACACUUCUAUUGUCAUGCCACCAAGAGACUUCCUGGAGCUGCUGAUUAACAUCAAGGCUGGAACCUACCUGCCCCAGUCGUAUCUGAUCCACGAGCAGAUGAUUGUCACUGAUCGCAUUGAAAAUGUCAAUCAGCUGGGCUAUUUCAUUUAUAACCUCUGCCGUGGCAAGGAGACCUACAGACUUCAGCGCAGAGAUGUUAUUAGAGGCAUUCAGAAGCGAGAGGCUUUGAACUGCCACACAAUCCGUCACUUUGAGAAUAGGUUUGCUGUCGAAACUGUCAUCUGUGAGAACUAGUGCAUAGAAGCACUGAAGUGACAGCUUGCUGUUGAAAAACCACUUAUUUUUUUCACUUUUGUGUGCAGUGAUUGGGUUUUUAAUCCUGUUGUUUUUUCAGUUUUGUUGCUUUCUGUUUUUAAAUGAACUAGUAAUGUAAACAGGGUUGUGUUGUAAAACUUCAUCCUUACUCAUCUCGUAAAUAAUAUUAGCACCAACUAGAUAUUGAGAAGUUAUUCUGUCAAGUGUUAUGUUUAAAUUUAAUUUAAUAAUCAAAAAAAAUAGUGGCAAUAUUCUAAAAACAAUGGUAUUUACAUCUUAUCUAUUUUUGGGAAAUUUCAUUUUCAGGGUUUAACUGCUUGUUUGAUUAAUGUAAAGGUUAAAUGGAGUCCAUGUGAAUUAGAAAAAUAUACGCCAUGGACUGGGCAAUAUUUUAAAAAUGCAAAAUAAAAAAAAAAAAGUGCAAUUCACAUCAAAUUUUAUACCACUUACCUGGUUGUAGAAUGUUUUUAUCCAGUUUUUUUUGUUAGGUUUUAUAUUUUACUUAUUUGCUGUAACCAAUAAGAUACCACAAAGCAUUUGAAAAAUGUAUAGCUUACUUAUAGUACUAAUUUGUAUAUAACCUUCCUUCUGUGUAAAAGGUAACUUAUACCACAAUAAAUCUUGGACACAA